AUGGACGUAGGACAAGAAUUUGAAUUUGGAUCGUCGACUGCAAGUUCGCCAACUUCGGAUGAGUUAUUGAAGUAUAAUUUCGAGCCUGUGCCGUGUGAAAUAGAAUCUACAGAAUUGGAUAAUGCUCCGGCCGGGGAAUUUGAAUUUGGAUCGUCGACUGCAAGUUUGCCAACUUUGGAAGAGUUAUCGAAAUGCCAUUUCGAGUCUGUGCCGUGUGACAUUGAAUCUAUAAAAUUGGAUGAUCUUCCGGCCGGCGGCUGGUUACUCCAGAAUACUCCAAGUUUAGGAGAUAAUACAAUAAUACAGGAUACAGAAGCAGUAACAAUAUCUACCAGCGUGGCUACGGUGUUUCCCGAUAAUAGUGAUCCUAAUAAUAAUUGUGCUACAGUACAGCAAUUAACAUCAUCGUCAAGUGGCUCUUAUUUUCAGCCAGCCGAGUCUAGCUACUCAGGAUAUUAUAUUAUUUCUCAACCAAUUUCCUACGAACAGCCAGUAGUGACUACAGAGGCUCAAAUUUUGGAGUCCGUGUUGGCGUCCGUGAAACUUGUUUCACCUCAGGGAGAAGCGAUUACAGCCCAGCCUGUCUUUGCAGCUAACAACAGUACCCAAUUAGCACCCCAAAAUUCCUCUACGAAAAGAAGAAAGCGAAACAAUGCAAAAAUUGAUUAUGAUACGAUCUUCUAUUGUAAGGAGUGUGAUCAGAAAUUCGGCCGUGUAGGCAGUUGGCGGCAGCACAACAACUCUCAGCAUUCCGAACUUCCGUUCGAAUGCACUAAAUGCGGCAAACGUUUUGGCACUCAGACGCAGCUAACGGUGCACAAACUAAAUCACACCGCAGCCAAACAAAAAUUUGCAUGCGACUAUCCCGACUGCACUCGUAGGUACGUCCACCGCAAAGAUUUACGACGCCACAAGCAGAGUCAUGAGGGUUACCAGUUCAUAUGUGAUCUAUGUGGCCGUGGAUCUGCCCGUAACGAUCAAUUCCUUAAGCACAUGCUAACACACGACAACGAUAAAGUUCCACGAAAAAAACUCAAAACAAGUGCAGCGCAGUAG